GCAGCACCACAUCAGUUUGAGUGUGGCAACACUGUUUGUACACGAAUUGUUCGCCCUUUUUGACGUUUGUGCUGCGUGGAUGUGCAGAAAUUGUUGUUUUCUCACAAAAAUCCUAUUAAAUAUACAAUAUGCGUCCGUUGAUGCUGCAGGGCCACGAGCGUUCUAUAACGCAAAUCAAAUACAAUCGCGAGGGUGACUUGCUCUUCUCCAGCUCUAAAGAUCAGAAGCCAAAUGUGUGGUACUCGCUAAAUGGCGAGCGCCUGGGCACGUACGAUGGCCAUCAAGGCGCUGUGUGGUGCUUGGAUGUGGACUGGGAGAGCAGGAAGCUGAUCACUGGCGCCGGUGACAUGACCACCAAAAUUUGGGAUGUCGAGCAUGGGACUGUAAUUGCAUCCAUACCUACUAAGUCUUCCGUGCGCACCAGCAACUUCAGUUUCUCAGGCAAUCAGGCGGCCUAUUCGACGGACAAGGCUAUGGGUCAAAACUGUGAGCUGUUCAUCAUUGAUGUGCGCAAUGCCGACUCCAGCUUGGCUGAACAGACGCCCACAUUACGCAUACCCAUGAUUGAGUCAAAGAUUACAUCUAUGUUGUGGGGACCAUUGGAUGAGACUAUCAUCACUGGACACGACAAUGGAAAUAUUGCAAUCUGGGACAUUCGUAAGGGUCAAAAAGUUGUUGAUUCUGGUUCGGAUCACACCGGCGGUAUCAACGAUAUGCAGCUGAGUAAGGACGGCACCAUGUUUGUGACAGCUUCGAAGGACACUACGGCCAAGUUGUUCGAUUCGGAAUCGUUAAUGUGUCUAAAAACGUACAAGACGGAAAGGCCUGUAAAUUCGGCGGCCAUCAGUCCCAUACUUGAUCAUGUUGUGCUGGGUGGUGGUCAGGAUGCUAUGGAAGUGACCACGACCUCAACUAAAGCGGGCAAAUUCGAUUCGCGUUUCUUUCAUCUCAUUUACGAGGAAGAGUUUGCGCGUCUUAAGGGCCAUUUUGGUCCCAUCAACAGUUUGGCCUUUCACCCUGAUGGCAAGAGUUACGCUUCGGGCGGUGAGGACGGAUUCGUACGUGUUCAGUCAUUCGAUACUACAUACUUUGAGAACAUCUUCGAGUAGUCCACCCGCUCCCAAUUAUAGUUGUAUAAAUUUUGUAUUUAUCUAAAUUGGUGCAGCGCUAGUGAAAACGCAUAUUUAUCUGCCAUUUUUUCAUUGGCGUCAUGUACGCGUGCAAGAAGAAUUUUCAAAUAUACGCAAGAACGAGAAGAAAAAACGUUUA